ACCCCGUGCUAUACUUUUGGUUCUCCUCUUAGAAAAAGCCUUUACACCAAUCAAAAACCUUCCCCAAUCUCUCUCCUCUUUUUUCUCUCACCAACAAAGAGUUGUAGAAACACCAAAUCUCUGCAUUUAUUGGUCACGAAACUACUUCAAUUUUAUUAUCGUCAUCAUGAAAAUCUAGGGUUCGUUUGAUUAGGAAGAAUUUUCAGUACUUUAGGGUUUCGAUUCCGGGGUAAAUUCAUCAGAAAUCAAAUCGAUUUGGUACUUGAAUUGAACAAAUUAGGGUUUCGCAAUGGAGAAAUUAGAAGGUGAAGAAGAUACGGAGUACGAGAGUGAUCCAGAAGAAGCGAAGAUGUCGUUGAAGAUGCGAAGGAGAGAAGCAAGCGACGACGAAGAUGUUGAGGAGGAGAGAGGAAGAGGUAGGUCUGGUAUCGUUGAUUCCGAGGGUGAAUCGGACGGUCAAGGUGCUGCGGCGGAUUAUGAUGAUGAUGAAGAUGAAGAAGAAGAGGAGGAGGAUGAAGAAGGAGAGGAGUAUUACGGUCAGAAUGAGCAGUAUGAGCAAGAGGAGAGAGAAAUUGGUGUCGGCGGGGUGGGGGAGAAGGGAGUAAGCGAGGCGAAAGCAGUGGGAGAAGGGGAGAAUAGUCAGGGAACGGCGGAACGAGGCAAAGAAGGAGAAGGUGGUGAAGGUGGUGAAGGUGGUGAAGGUGAGGAGGUGGAGAAGAAGGAGAAUGAGCCGUUUGCUGUGCCGACUUCUGGAGCUUUUUAUAUGCAUGAUGAUCGGUUUCGAGAUAAUGCUGGUGGUAGACAUAGGCGGACUUUUGCUGGUAGAAGGUUGUGGGAAUCUAAAGACGAAAGGAAAUGGGGACAUGACAAAUUUGAGGAGUUGAAUACGGACAACAGAAAUUAUGAAGAGGAAAGGAGGCCUUCUAAAGGAUUUUAUCGAGGCCGUGGGAGAGCUAGAGGUACAGAUCGUGGGUAUGCUCAGGGGAGCAGGAUGAGAGGAUAUAGUGGUAACAGCAACCAGAGUGCUCCACCUAAGGAUGUCAGAGGAAGAGGACCUAGAAGAUAUCAACCUUCAAUGAAGAAUAGGAGUGAAACAUUCUCACCACAUAACAAACAAUUUGCAAAGGCGCUAGACAAAAAUUCACAUGGUUCUUCUGGUAGAGUUUUUGCUUCAACAGCCAGCUCCAAUGUGGAUCAUGAACCGGUUCCUGCUAAGAAAGUUGCCUCCAACUUAAGUUCUGCAUCUCCUCCUUUUUAUCCAUCAGCGUCAUCCAAUAAGGACAUUGCACUCACACAAAAAAAAGAAAUACAAGCUGGAAAUCAUAACAGGAAUAUUCGCCCAUCUGCUGUGGACAAUAACUUUUCUAUGCCGCAGUCUACUUCGUUGCGAGGGAAGAAUGUUAUUGAUUCUAUGGGCAUGGACAAGUUGCACAUUGAUGAUUCUAUUUCUCUAGCCAAUAUUAAGAAUUCAAAUAAUGUGCAUAUGUCGUCCUCUGCUUCUCCAUUAGUGGGUGCUACUCAGAUGACUCAGUCUAAAGCACAGGGUAGGGGUGUAGCACCAUCUGGAUCUGCAAUAUUUCAACCCCCUCAAGUAAAUAACCAAGUUAACAAAGUUUCUUCACCACAAGCUCAAGCUUCUCAGCGGAGUCUUGUUCAAAGCCGUGGGCAGAAUUCUCUGCAGGCUUCAGGUCAGCAACUUGUCCAGCGUCCGCUUGGUGGCUCUCAAAGUUCUUCUCCACCAAAAGCAGGUUUGCCGAGUAGUACAUUUGAGGGUGGAAACCUUGAGGCCCCUCUAGAAACUGGUAAUUCCAAGAUUGCUGUGGCUGGGAAAGGAAAAUUAAGUUCCCAGGGAGCUGGAAGGGGUACACUCAUGUAUGGUGGGUCACAAGUGAUGGGGCCAGGUGGAAACUUGGCUUCUGGUCAUGGGGAUCCAAACAUACCUGCUUUUUUCCCAGUUAUGCAAUUUGGGGGCCAGCAUCCUGGUGGAAUGGGAGUCCCUGCUGUUGGAAUGGCAUUUCCUGGAUAUGUUGCUCAGCCAAAUGGUCUUGGAAAUUCUGAAAUGACAUGGUUACCUGUACUAGCAAGUGCUGCAGGUGCUUUGGGAGCCUCAUACUGUCCACCUUUUCUAUCUGUUGAUGGCUCUUAUAAUCCUCGGCCAACAGGGCAAACAUCUGCCUUGCCUGCCCCUAGCAAGGAUAAUAAUCUCAGUAAACCUAAUAAUGAAUUAAAGCCUCAGCAAAGAUCUGAUGCGGUGAAUGAUGAGUUCAGUCAGAGACAAAAUAAGCCUCGCAGAUACUCAGAGAUGAAAUUUAGCCAGUGAAGUACAUAUUGAAGUUUCUGCCUGUUCGAAUAAGGUUAUGGAAGUUGUUUCCUUGAUAUCGAUAAUAGGUCGCGUUUGGGUUAAGAACUCCGGUUUCUCCUCAUUGUAGGGCUCCCUUUCUGACACCCUUUGUGUUCUUGUGCCCUUGCGCUAGACCACAUUGGGCCUUCUGUCUCUCAGAGUUAUUGUAGGUAAUGGGGUAUGCAUCUGCUUAAGCUGUUCUCGGUUUAGGAAGAAUGUUGCCUUCAAAUGGGUUGGUUUGUAGCUUUCUCUUUGAUAUGUGGUUUUUCGGGUGGCUUGAUUUUUGUGAAGCUGAUUCAAUAUAGGCGGCUUUUUUGAAGUAUUGUUUGCAGAAGAUGUUGGAAAAGCCAGACCUAGUGUGCGAUAUGCAUUUGCUAUAUACAUGUCAAGUCGUUUUUUUUUCUCUAUUUUUUCGUUUUAUAUGCUGGCUAUUUCAUGUUGACCUUUUCGGUUAUAUUUAUUCCAGUUUACAAGUUAAUGUGAUUAAGGGGAAAUCAUUAGCCCUAUCCCACUUCUGUUGGGGUAAAUCUGCUUGUUAUAAUGGUUCUCUAAGGACUGCAUGGAUAUAUGAACAUGUUGCUGAACUAGUUUGAUUU